ACGAUAGUACAGAUUAUACCAAUGAUACCUGAGAUGAUCCAGUUUUGCAAAUCUUGUGUCGUCGGAUCAAUUUUGUUUUGCUAAUCUGCCUCAAUAACCGAUUAAUUCGGAUCGGGCCGGUUAAUCGGUUAACCGAAUCGUAAAUCGGUUCGAUUUUCAGUUAUCACUUUGACUGUUAAUCGGUUCCGGCUAACCGGUUCAGUUAUAACCGAACCGGACCGAUUACCAGUCCUACAUAUAUUUAGCCAUUUCUCCGCUUACAGUAGUGGCGUCGUCUUUUAGCUCAAAAAUUCGACGGAAGGAAGCUGAAAAUAACAAAUGGCGUUAGGGCUGAUAUUGGGGAUUGGGAGGACGUUCAGGAAGAAGCGAGCGUCGUCGCUCGAUAUUCUGACGUCGAAGAGGAGUCCUAAAGGCUAUUACAAGGGCAAAAAUUGCAAGCCCACCGGUUUCCACACUCGAAAAGGUGGUUAUGUUGUGGUUCCUGAAAAGUUGCCAAACUACGUGGUGCCAGAUUUGACGGGAUUCAAGCUAAAGCCGUACGUAUCACAGUGUGGAAUACAGGCUUCUGAGUCAUCUAAAUGAACGUGCUCGGCUUAGUCUCCUUGCGAUGCUGCUGCUCAGUCUGAUAUGUUUAAACUAAUGACUGAAAAAAUAAUAUUUCAUUUUCCCUCUGCAAGUACACCUUUAUGAUUUAAACUGAAAUGGACUAAUUGGUGAUAUUUUCACUUUCAGAUAUUACUUUUCAUGGAUUAUAGACUAGUGAAAGUUU